GCACGUGCAUGGCUCCAGAGAGGCUGCAAUAUGCAGAGCUCCAGGAGAGUUUCAGCACGAUGAAGAGUUUUCCUGUUGGAACCACGGUAUCGUACGUCUGCCGGCCAGGGUAUAUAAGAAUCCCUGGAAAACCGCUAGAUCGUACGUGUGGUGAAGACUUACAGUGGUCACCUACAGAGGAGUUCUGUAGAGCGAGAAAAUGUAACCACCCAGGAGAAUUACAACAUGGCUUUAUUAACGUGACAGAUCUUACAUUUGGUUCAAAGGCUACUUUUUCUUGCGAAGCAGGAUUCAGAUUACGUGGAACUGAUGAAAUUUCCUGUGUGAUUAAGAAUAAUGUUGUUGACUGGAAUAAAGAUCUUCCUUUCUGUGAAAUAAUUCCUUGUGGCCCACCUCCAAGUAUAGCCAACGGGCGCUACACUGAACUGCAGAGCUAUGUUUAUCAAACUGCGGUGACCUAUUCGUGCGAUGCUGCAUCCAGAGGCGCAGAUCCCUUCUCGCUGAUUGGCCCAGCUACUAUUUUCUGCACAUACGAUGAACACUCAAAUGGAGUUUGGAGUGAACCACUUCCACAAUGUAGAGUGGUCAAAUGUGAUAACCCGAAAGUUGAAAAUGGAAGAAAAAAAACGGGAUUUGGACCUUCCUAUAGCUAUGAGGACUCAGUCAUGUUUGAGUGUGAUCCAGGCUAUGUCAUGAUCGGACCAGCAAUAAUUACCUGUGGAGAAAAUAACACCUGGUCUCCUCCAAAACCAACUUGUGAAAAAAUUACUGAAGAUGCAUGUGGUGCCCCAAAGAUCACACAUGGAGUAGUGAUUCCACUGAAAUCUGUGUAUGAAGGAGGAGAGUCUGUUCAGAUAAAGUGCAAUGCUUACUGUACUUUUCAUGAUGGCACUGGAGAGAUGACAGCAACUUGUCAAGGACAGAAUACGUGGAGUUCUUUACAAAACUGUUCGUGUGGGUCUGAAAUUUCUGGUGUCACUCCACACAUAAGUUAUGGUAGAGUAGUUGAUGGACAAAAACCUUCGUAUUCUGUUGGGGAUUUUAUUACAGUUGAAUGUUAUGCAGGCUACACGUUGCAUGGUGAAGCUCGUAUUCAGUAUGUUGGAGAAAACAAAUGGGUUCCUGGAGUACCAACUUGCCAAUUAAGUGCGUAUAUUACGGCCAUCAUCUGUGUGAUUGUGGCAAUUGUGGUGUUCCUGGCAGCCUUCUGGAUCUAUAAGAAAUUCUUUUCACAAAAUGGGAAACGUGACAGCACUCCAUGUACUGCCGAAUAUAAGAUCUGUAAAGCAUGA